UUAUUUUCGUCUUUGGAGUGACGGAGUGGGCAUCAUGGUUAUUCUACUCACAGUUGAGGUUAAUUUGGUCAAUUGCGUACAAAAAUAUUAAAAAAAGGAUAGGAAGUUUAUUGAGAAAGAAGAUAUGUGGGGAUAUUUGUCAGAGUUUCAGUUAAGAAGCUCUCUUUCUUCUCUUCAUCUGAUUUUCCUUACACUCUCUUACCACUCAGAAACGUACGCACGAUCAAAUACAAGAGAAUUUAUAUAAAUAUAUAUAUAUAUAAACAUAUAAUAAAAUAAUAUACAAACAGUGAAGUAAAGCUUUCAAAUUCGACCACUUUCGCAAAUCGCAAAUCGCGAAUGUGAAUCUUAUUUUAUUGCUUUUGUCAGAUAAAUAGCGGGGAAAUUUUUGGAAAUGCAAGACGUUCACUCGAUCGGAGAUGGGGGAAGGUUUCUCGCGGGUAGCGGCGCUGGAACUGGAGCGGCUUCAGACCGGAGGUUGAGGCCACAACACAAUCAGACUCAACAGCAGGCUUUGAAGUGUCCUCGAUGCGAUUCGCUCAACACAAAAUUCUGCUACUACAACAACUACAAUCUGUCUCAGCCGCGCCAUUUUUGCAAGAACUGUCGACGUUACUGGACGAAAGGUGGUGUCCUACGGAACGUUCCUGUCGGCGGCGGUUGUCGGAAGACAAAGCGUUCGAAACAGAAGACUUCGUCGGUGUCGGUGACGGUAACGACAGCUCCGGUGCCACCGCCGCCUUCGCAGGAUCGGAAAUCAAACUCUCACUCAAGUAGUGAGAGCUCAAGUCUGACGGCUUCGAACACUAACGCUGCGACCGAAGCGGUUUCAGCGCCUUCUACGAGUUCUGGUUCAAAUUUGCUCAGUGUUAAUCAGGAAUCGAAAUUCUUCGUUUCACAGAGUACGAAUGCUAGCUUCGAGGUGUCGGCGUUAAUCGAUCAAAGCGUUUCGGAUUGUGGAAUUUUCUCUGAUAUUGGGAGCUUCACAAACUUGAUCACGUCGUCAUCAACGGGAGGAGGUGCAUUGGAGGCUUUCGAAUACACUUCCAUAUGCGAUAUCUCGAUCUCUCCGUUCAGGUUGAAUCAACAGAAUCAAGAUCAUCAUCAUCACCAGGUUUCACAGAGUCAGGCAUGGCAACAGCAAAACACGAAGACGAACGUGGCUCCUUCGGAUCAUGAUCAAUUGAAGAUGCAGGAGAUCACUGGUGGGUUACUUGAUCAGACUUCCCAAGCUGAUCUAUCUGUUCUACAAGAUAGAUCCAAUGGUGGGGUAUUCGGAUCCUUGGGAGAUUGGCAAUCAUGCGGAGAUCAAGGUAUAUUUGAUCUUCCCAACACCGUUGAUCAAACAUACUGGGGUCAGAGUCAAUGGACCGAUCAAGACCACACUAGUGUCUAUCUUCCGUAAAUCUCUCACCUUUAACUUUUUAUUUUUAAUUAUUACUAUUAUUAUAAAAAGAAAACUCUCAACGUCUCAUAUUACUAAACAAAUCUACAUAUAAAAAAAUCAGAAAGAAUUUUUUUAAGCAAAAUUAUGAAUAUGACUGCUUUCGUAUGUAAAUUUUAAAAAAUAUUUUUUUGUUUUAUUUUUUCUUGGUGAACUUGGGGUUGAUCUUGUUAAGUAUUUUAUGUAAGUUGUAACUAACUGGCAACGUUUUUUUUUUUUCUUCCUCUUGUAUUUCGAAGUUUAUUAUUGGGAGAGGGGAGAGUUUUGUUGUCUAAUGUAAUAAUGUAUUUUGAUAUAAAAGAUCAGUAUUAAUAUUAAUGAAAUAUAGAGAAGAAUAUAUAUAUAUUGUUUUAUCAA